AUGCGUCUACGACUCACCUUCAUCUUCGGGCUAGGCUUCUUCCUGAUCGCUGUCGACAUCAUGCGGCUAUCUUCAGGCUUGGAUCCACACAACAUUCAACACCACCGCGUUCUGUGGGGCGCUAUCGAGGUCGCUGUCGCCAGUCUCGUCGCUACACUGCCGACAUUCGAGAUGCAGUGGUUCGAGAUUGAGGAGGUCACUACUCGUAUCUCGGGUGGCGAUGAAGAGGAUAUACUGGUGGACGAAGGCGCAGACAUGGGCGGGAUCUUAGUCCAGACGUAG